AUGCUUCCCCCUCGUGCUUACGCUUUCAUUGGACUCAAUGUCGUCCGAAUCCUCAGCAUUAUUGCCCUCCUUCUGGUCUUUGCUAGCAGCAUCGCGGUCAUGGUCCAUGAUGUUGAAGCUGUCAACAACUUUACUUCAGCUGGGAAGGGUCCUAGCGCGACGUCCAAUUCUACGAUGGAUGCUAUCAUGAAGGCGGACUAUAUCGAAGGAAGCACUGUUCCCAAUCAAGCUGCAGGCGCGUUUUGGGCGGUGCUCAAUCGCUUAUUGAUCAUCUUCCAAACCAUCAUCCUCAUCCUAUCCGAGCUCGGGUGGCCCUCCUCUUUCUUUGAUCGUUAUUUCCCUGUUCUUGGAAAAGACUUCGGUGUUGGAGCCCUAGGAACCAUCCAGUGCCUCAUCGGCGCCGCCGUCCUCUCUCACUUUGUCGACGAUUUUGCACUUGUCGCCGCAUUCUUCCUCUUCUCCAUCGGGUGCCUCAAUAUUGUCGUUGGCCUCAUCUUCCGCCAGGGAGCCAAAUCUAAACGCUCCGUGACCUCAUGGCGCGAGAAGCGCAAGAACCUCCUCCUUCCCACCACCGCCAAGAUUGGCCCAGUAUCUGUUGACCUCAAGCCGGCGGUCUCCAAUGCUGCUAGCUUUGCGAAUAGCAUCUUCUCAGGAGAGAAGAAGGGCAUGAGUCGGGCAGAUACGCUUGGUUUCGGAAGGCAGGGAGAGAAAGCUGCUGCUCUGAAGGGCUACAUGAUCUCUAAACCUGUCGAAUCGCUCCCCCGAUACGCCCCCGGACCUCCUCAGCACACUGGCGGCACCAGCGUGACCUUUGUCGACAAUACAGAGUACAGCUCCACGAAAACGAUCACCCAAUGA